GGCAGAGUGGUCUAAUGCGUAUGACUCGAAAUCAUAUCUCUUCGGAGGCGUCGGUUCAAAUCCGACUCGCGUCGACUUUUGCCUUUCGCAAAGUUUCUGGCUGAAUUAUAUUCUGAUUUUUGCAUUUCAGCUUGCGGGUGCCUACUCUGUCCCACGCAUGAACCUCAAACCAAGGGCAGCAAUCUCUUAACACACCACAAGUUAAACUCGGGAUCCUUCCGUAGCUGCGUAUGCUUGUAUUUUGGCGAUGGCGGCCCGCGUAACUCCCGAUUCUGGAAGCCGAAAUGCCCCACCGCGAGGUCCUCGAUUCAAGAUCCACUCCCGGCGCCAAAUUUUGGCCCCCGGCUUCCGGUCCCUCUUUGACGUACCAGAAUCGCUGAUCCGGCCGCAGAACAAGAACCGCGGGUCCGGGCUCUCGUGGCGUGGGUCGCAAGCAUGUACAGAAAACAGAGGAAAAAUGCAAGAUCUCUUGCAUCCUGUCGGGACGACCAUCCAUGAGCUGUUAUAGGAUAUUGCAGGGUGUUUUGGCGAGAUUUUGCGCAGACAGGAUGGCUGGCGUUGCGGUGCGGACGGCGAGGCAAACAGCGCCUGUCCUGGCAAGACAGUCAUGCUCCCGGCAAUUGCAAUCAGUUGUUUUUGGGGUUGGUAGCAUGUCUGGGACGACGAGGGGUCCAUCAGGAAUCAGGUUGAAGCUCAACUGUAACAGAAGCUUUUCGCAGUCGACAAGGUGGAGGUCGGCGGUUGCCCCUGAAGUCAACAGAGGCGGUUCGAAGCUGUGGAAGAGCGCCGACGAAGCGGUUGCCGAUAUCAAGAGCGGUUCGGUCAUCUUAAGUUCGGGAUUCGGUCUGUGUGGUGUUGCCUCAACCCUGAUCGCGGCACUCCGAAACCGAGGACCCGAGUCUCUCCAUUCACUCACUUGCGUCUCCAACAAUGCGGGCGCAGAAGGGCGCGGGGGCCUGGCUCUCCUGACAGAGAACGGGCAGGUAGAUCGAAUGAUCAUGUCGUACCUGGGACCAAACAAGAAGCUGGAGCGCCAGUAUCUUACCGGCAAAAUUGCCGUCGAGCUGUGUCCUCAGGGGACUCUGGCCGAGAGAAUACGCGCGGCAGGGAGCGGCAUUCCCGCCUUCUUCACCCCAACGGGCGGUCAAACACUCGUGCACGACGGCGCAAUCCCGGUUCGGUUUGAUGCUGACGGCAAUGUGGUUGAGGUUGGCAAGCCUCGGGAGACGAGGAUAUUCAACGGCCGGAGGUACCUGAUGGAGACGGCGCUGCAUGGGGAUGUGGCAAUCCUCCGGGCAUGGAAGGUUGACAAAGCGGGGAACUGCGUAUUCCGGUACACGACCAAGUCGUUUGCGCCCCUGAUGGCCAAGGCGGCAAAGCUCGCCAUCGUGGAGGCCGAGAACAUUGUCGAAGUAGGCGAAAUCGACCCCAACGACGUCGCCCUGCCGGGUAUCUUCAUCGACCGAAUCGUUCCGGCAACACAGUCCUCGCUGAUAGAGAUUCUCAAGACACGGUGGGUUGGAGAGGGCAAAGAGCCCAGGGUGAAAGGAGAAGCUCAGAUUAGGAGGGACCGCAUCGCACGACGGGCGGCAAAGGAACUAAAGGACGGCUUCUAUGUGAACCUGGGAGUUGGCAUCCCUACCCUUGCUCCCUCCUUCCUCCCACCAGGCCAGCAAGUCUGGAUCCAGUCAGAGAACGGCAUCCUCGGCAUGGGCGACUACCCGCUGCCCGAGGCCGUUGACCCGGACAUCAUCAACGCCGGCAAAGAAACCACCACCCUCGUCCCGGGGGCAGCGACCUUCGACUCGUCCGAGUCCUUCAGCAUGAUCCGCGGCGGCCACGUCGACGUGUCCAUCCUCGGCGCCCUGCAGGUCAGCGCCGCUGGCGACCUGGCCAACUACAUGAUCCCCGGCAAGGUGUUCAAGGGCAUGGGCGGGGCUAUGGACCUCGUCUCGAACCCGGACAGCACCAAGAUUGUGGUGGCCACCGAGCACGUGGCCAAGGACGGGACGAGUAAGGUCGUGCAAACGUGCAGCUUGCCGUUGACGGGCGCGCGGGUGGUGAGCACGGUUAUUACGGAUCUGUGCGUCUUUCAGGUGGAUCGGAAGCGUGGGAUCUUGACUCUGACGGAGGUUGCGCCGGGUGUGGACGUGGAGGAGGUGAGGAGCAAGACGGACGCGUCCUUCACGGUGGCCGACGACUUGACACUUAUGGAGUGAGGUCCCAGGAGGUAGCAUAUCCAUUAGGGGGUUUUGUAUUUCUCGCAUCAGCGUGCCCGCAUAUAUUUGAGAAAUAUGCUCUUCAGUGAAGCCC